AUGUCGAAUGAAAAUUUGUCUCCUAAUAGUAGUAACCCCGAUUUAACUAAGUUGACUAACGUUGAACACCAAGCUAUUGAUACAAGCAAGUUCUCGCCCAAUGAAAUGAAAUUAUACAAAUUGUAUGGAAAGUUGCCAUCAAAGAAAGAUAUUUUCAAACAUACCAUGCAAAAGAGAAAAUAUUUUGAUAGCGGUGAUUAUGCAUUACAAAAAGCAGGCGUUCAAAAUAAUGAUCCAAUAAAUUAUGGGAAGAACAAUCUACCAUUAACCAACCCUAGUAAACUACGAGAAGAUAUAAUAAGAAGAAGAAUAAGCACUUGUCCGUCGACUGCAUCUACUGCUGGGGUAGUAGAUAGUGCAACGUUGAUCCAGAAAGAAGGAAGUAUAUCUAGUGGGCCACCAUCAUCCAAUAACGGCGCUAUUGGAAGUAGCAGUACAAGUUCAACUCCAACUGGUAACCAUAGUUCUUCGUCUUCUAGUUUGUACACUGAAUCACCCACAAGAUAA